AUGCUUUCUCUUCUAACAUUGAUCCUCUGGUUGCCGAGGUUUAAUGCUCAAUCAACAAACAGUGCGCGUGCCCUUGAUGCUCUCCUCCAAGAUUAUGCUUAUAGGGCAUUUGUUCGUCCUAGGACUGGGAUUUCUUAUGAUGGGUCUGUUCCUUCGAAUUUGACUGGAAUUAAGAUUGCUGCCAUGAGGCUCAGGAGUGGGAGCUUGAGAAGUAGAGGUGUUAAGAUGUACAAAGAGUUUGGGAUUCCCACAGGAGUAGUGGUGAAGCCAUAUGUGGAGAGGCUUGUUUUGGUCUACCAAAAUUUGGGCAAUUGGUCUUUGACAUAUUAUCCACUUCCUGGUUAUACUUACCUUGCUCCAGUGUUGGGUCUUCUUGCUUAUAAUGCUUCAAACUUAUCAGCAACGAAUUUGCCUCUAUUGGACAUCAAGGCAUACGGUAAUCCCCUAAAUAUCACAUUCUCAAAUGUGCAAUCAGCUCCAGAUGGGGCUAUGGCAAAAUGUGUGUGGUUUGAUAUGCAUGGUUUUCCAAGUUUUAGCAAUGCGACGUCUGGAAAUGUAUGUUCGACAAUUCAGCAAGGGCAUUUUUCAAUAGUUGUUGAGUCCCUGGCCCCUUCACCAGCACCAGUGUCUCCAACUCCAUCUCCUCCGAAUGUGGGUCCUGGGCCAAGUGGAGGGGGAAAGAAGAAGAAUUCUAAAAAAGUGUGGAUAAUUGUUGGGUCUGUGCUGGGUGGAUUAUUGCUGUUAGUGCUUUUGUCAUUCCUAAUAUUGUGGGCACAGAAAUUGAAGCAGAGGAAGAAAAUGCAACACAUGGAGAGGGCUGCAGAGGUGGGGGAAUCCCUGCAGAUGACAUCAGUUGGGGAAACGAAAGCACCAGCAGCAAUGGUGACUCGAACACAACCGACCCUUGAGAAUGAAUAUGUGCCAUAA